GACUAAGACUUCUCCUCUGCUGUCCAAGCGCUUUGGUGCAGGGAUAGCUGCCGUCUUCAGUCAAUCCAAUGCAGGCUCUCCAGAGAAGGCUGGCUCUAGACAGGUGGUAUAUACGAUAGUAUAGUAACUGGCCGACUGCUUCUUGUGGUUAUCUUUGACUUUUUUUUCUUGUUCAUUUUUUUGUUGUGCUUUGACAAUUGUAUUUAUUAGAUUUUAUAACUGUCUUAAAUUUUGUCACUUUAAAGCUGCUGUACCUGUAUAUUAAAGGUGUGCUACCUUUUUCUUUGCAAAACUGGAAGGGGUGGUGGUGGGGUGGUUCAAAAGUGUGACAUACUGGUUAACUGGUACCCAUCCAGAUUGAUAGUAAUAGCCUGUGGUCCAGUUUGUCUUUGCUCAGCCAUACAUUGCUAAAAAUUCUUGAGUUGCACUUUUUCAGCAACAGCUAUAGUCUAGCAAAAGGUAUACACCUUUAAACUUUGAUAUACUUACUUAAACAUUGUAAAUUUCAAGUACAGCACUAAGUACAAAUAUUCUACUUUUUAAAUGUUCUUAAUUGUUUUGUAUUUUAGGACUUUAUAAGGAAAAUGAAUUGGGCACAUUUAUUGUUUGUGGCUGUUUUGAUUAAAGAAGAAAAUCACUGUAGCUAAAAUGUUUAAAAUGAUCUGUUUACUGGCAAAAAAAAUAAUAAGUUCCUACUGACCAACAAAUGUACAGUUACCUUGUAGUGUGGGAUUUCCCAGUCUAGUGGUUACUUUAUUUUGUUUAUUAUUGAUGCUUAAAGCAACACCUUUUGUAGCCAGAUAGAUUGCCUUCCUGGAUUUACAGUUUUAACAUUUUAAUGAAAUUCAUAGAAACUUGUCGGUGGGCAGUAGAUGCUUUUAAUGCUGCCUUGGAGUUCAGGAAGAGAUGAUAGUAGAGAUCAUGGUCUGAUGGUCUGGCCCAUGACCGUUACUUGAACACAAGGGAAUCCAUGACUAGGCUUUAAAAACUCUUUGGAGUCGUAAAUCAUAACUUAAAUCAUAACAUUGUUCUCCUGGGCUCAACUCUUACCUUUCACCAUACUUGAUCUACAGCCAGAUGCCCAAGGUCUGAUUUUAGUAUAUUAAAUUUUAAGUGCCUUUCUCUGAAGCAAUAUGUUCAUAAUGUAGUAAAUUAAUAUUUUACAUCCUGUUUAGAUACAAACCUUUUGUACUUUGAUUAAUAACUUUUAAAUUGCAUUAUAGUUUUUAUAUGUGCUUACUGACUGUGAAACUUCCAGUGUUUUAUUGCCAUUGUCUGAUUCUGUGAAUGUUCAUUUUAAGACUCCUUGUUGAAAUGGGACAAUUUGGAAACGAUUCUUUGAUAAACCUGCGAAGAGGAUUUCACUUUGGGUAUUGAGCCUUCCUCUGCAUGAUGUUCCCAUAUAUCCGAAUUACACACAAGGGCGUUUUUCCCAUCAAAAUGGAUUCUAUCCCGGAUGCCGUGAAUCAGUCCUUCCUGGGAAAUGGACAGGUUGAAAAACAAAAACAAACAAGCCAAAAAAACCCAAACAUUUUUCUGAUGCAAAGGAACUACAGGGAAGAGGAGGAUGGCUAAUCUCGGAAGAACUCCAGAAGGGACCAGUGCUCAGCUGAUGGCUUGAGUUUGCAUGCUUCUCUGCACUACGGAGAUUGAGCAUAAAUUCCUUUAAUCGAAUAUUUUUAACCAUUAUGGUAGAUGUUGUCUUUCCAAAGCGUUGUGCUUUUGCAUGAGAGCAGGCCAGUAGUCUUAGCAGGGAAAAGUAAAGUUAAAAUUGGUUCUCUUUCAUAACAGUAUUAUCUGACAAAGUCAGCUUUAAAAAAAAAAAAAGAAAAUUGAUUGUCCCUCCCCUCCUACCCUGUGUCCAGAAGAAAUUUAUUUUAAUGACCCUCCAUUAACUCUUGAGAUUUACAGGACUGUCUAGCCCUCAGAUUUAGAGGUAGAAUGCUUAGAAAUGGAGUGAUUUAUAGUGAAUGCAGACAUACUCAGCAGUGCCUUGGGGAGUUGCAAUUCUUUUGUGUUUGACUUUUAGGAACUAUAUGAAUGAUAGCCUUCGAACAGAUGUCUUUGUAAGGUUCCAGCCAGAGAGCAUUGCCUGUGCUUGCAUCUAUCUUGCUGCUAGGACAUUAGAGAUUCCUCUUCCUAAUCGUCCCCAUUGGUUUCUGUUGUUUGGAGCAUCUGAGGAAGAGAUCCAAGAAAUCUGCUUAAAAAUUUUGUUGCUUUAUACUCGGAAAAAGGUUGACCUCACAUAUUUAGAGAGUGAAGUUGAAAAGAAGAAACACGCCAUUGAAGAAGCCAAAGCCCAAGCUAAGGGCCUGCUCGCUGAUGGGACUCCCAUUCCAGACAACGCCUCCGGCUUUUCCCCUGUUCCUAAAAUAGGUUCUAGGGAACCCAUGGUCAGAAGUCAGCUUCAGGAACCCUAUGGAAAGCUGUGUGAGGGACAGAUGGAGAGGCCAAUCAAAUCCCCCAAAGAAAGCAAAGGGAAUAAACCUUCCCCCCUUUCUGUGCAAGCAAUGAAGAACGCCAAAAGAAAAAUGGAGGGUGCCAAGAGGGCCAAAUCCAACAGUCCGGUGAAUGGCUUGCCAAAAGGCAGAGAAAGUCGAAGUCGAAGUGGAAGCCGAGACCAGAGCUAUUCACGGUCACAGUCCAGAUCUGCAUCUCCUAAGAGGAGGAAAAGUGAAAGCUGUUCAACAUCCAGUGGUUCUAAGUCCCAAAGCCGCUCCAGGAGCCGCAGUGAUUCUCCCCCAAGACAGGCCAACCACGGUGGUUCUUACAAGGGCUCCAAGAUGAGGAACUACAAAAAAUCAAAGGACUAUAAGUACGCAGCCCAGAAACCCCGGAAGUCUCGAAGCCGGAGCUCGUCACGUUCUAGAAGCCGAUCCAGGGAACGCUCUGAUAAUUCUGGGAAAUACAAGAAGAAGAGUCAUUACUACAGGGAUCAGAGGCGGGAGCGUUCUCGGUCCUAUGAGCGAACUGGCCAUCGCUAUGAACGAGAACACCCUGGACACAGCAGGCACAGGAGAUGAGGGCGUCGGCAGCAGUGGUUCCUUCUCCCUUUGUUUGCAGACAGGGCCAUGGCUCCCUUCUCUUAUCCCAUAGCCUGGGUGAGUUGGUGUCUGGACUGAUGUGUGACCAUCAUCUCUGCUUUAUUUGUUCCUUAACUUGUUAAGCAUGAAUUUAAAAGGGAAUGGUCAUUUAAUGGACAUGGUAAUGAGACUGAAGAUAGAAUCAGGUAAGACGGUUUGGUUCCCCCAACAACUGUCUAGUUGGGCAUUGGGGCCCGUCCUUGGAAGUUGGCACUGGGUCCAUCCCUGUAAGAAGAGUUAGUGGUAGAACAGACGAUGGGCAGCUACGGCCUCCACAAGGAGAUUGAGAGUGGGCCUCUUCUUUGUUCACAGCCCUUCUGGAUGGAGCUGAAAGAAAGCUCAAAAUGUUUAUUUAAUUAAACUAUUGGUGUAGCUUGGUGCUAACUACAAGCUGUCUCUUUUUUUUCUCCAUACUGAAACUCAAUGACGUUAAACCAAGAAAAGUGAUUUUUAGAACUUCUGCCUAUAUUAGGUUGUACUUGUGUAUAUAUUUUGCAGUGUUUAACAGUACAAUAUGGUAAUAUGGCCUUACUAGGUACCCUUACACUUUAUCCACAUUGUAAAUAAACAUGUGUUGAAUACAAGUUAAAGCUAUUAUACUGAAAAUUCAGAACUUGAAUUCUGUCAACCUAAAACUUGUGUAGAGAAUUCUGAUUUAAAAAUGUGAAGUAUUUAGAUCUGUGUAUUGAAAGUAGUAUAUUUUUAUCUGUGCAAUGCUGAGUGCAGGACACCAGCUCAUAAAUAGAGAAGUUUCAUAUAUAUGCAUUUUAUGUGGUUUAAAAAAAAAAAACACAACUCUCUACUCAGGAUAUUUGAAACUUUGAAGAAUUCGUAGUUUGUCAUUCUGCUUGCUUGUUAAAACAGAAGAUGUAAGAAAUGAGUACACAGCCAGCAGUAUCAGUUUUAGUGGUAUAUCUGAGCUGUUCUUUCCCUGCUCCCUAAUUUCAUUAAAGUAUUUGAUUUUGUAUUUA